UAUUUUCCAAACUUUCCAGAAUAAUAUGGCUCCGGGCUUGAAUGGAGGCGGGCGACCAACUGGGACUGUACCCAAAACAAAGACGCAUAAUGAAUCAAGUUCACGCGAGCAAAGCACACAUCAGCCUCAUCGCCGUGACUUUUCAUUCAGCCAUAUGAAUAAUAAUCUGGCCCCGGCAGACUGGCAGGCAUUGGCUGAUUAUUAUCCAGUUGCCAGAUCCAGGAAAGAGAGUAACAACUCUUCUACUCGAUAUCCUGAGCCCAACGAAAUACAAGAUGAAGCAGCCGUUUGUCCAGAAAUUCAGUGGUCCCCACCUGCCUUGCAGUCACAGGUCAAUUACUGCAGUGAGGAUGAACAUGCCAGAUGGGAAGACAAGCGCCGAAAAAGUAAUAAUAAAGUAAAUCCUCCUGAUCAAGUACAGAUGAAUAGACGAUUUGUCGAGAUUUGCGAUUAUAUAAACCAAACAUCAAGUCUGAUGGAUACACGGCAGCCUUCAGGAAACUCGGUCGCUGAAAACGGAUUACCGGAAUCUAACUUUACUCUGGCUGGUGCAACAGCAGUUUCUCCCGACACUAUGCAUCAGAGGAAUUUCCCUAGUCAACCGACUGGUUCUGUACCAAAAUCGAGCGAUUCCACUCUUCGUAGAAAUGAGCUGAAGAUGAAAAUGGAAGAGUCACAAAGAAAGAUAUCGGAACUUAGAGAACAAUCGGUAAUAAUGGCAUUGAAGCGAAAAGCACAAGAACAGUUGAAGGAAGCACAAACCGCACAGAGCAUAUUGCAGAGGGCGUGGCUAACAGCAGCUUCGUUAACACAGGCACAGGGCCAACCGCCAUCUGCUGCUGCAUUGUCCGAUGCCAAUAUUCAAGACUCGCUCAAUAAUCUUCAACGAUUCUAUGAUGGCCGCAAUGAGAUUGGGGAAAUGAUUGGAUGUAAUCCAGAUUGUACUUCUGAGGUGGUUCAUCUUCAAAAUAAAUUGAAAGAGCUGCAACUGAAAAAGUCAAAAAUGGAUCAGAAAAUUCUACAGUACGCUUCUUCCAACACUAACAUGGAACCUGGUGACGUUGGAGGUAUGGCUAACGGAGGAGCCAUCCCUGCUGGUGAUCAAAAUAUAGAAGAUAAAAUAGCUGAGUUAGCUGUGCUGAGGGAACAGUUGAGCCGUAUGCAAGGAGUGAUAGCAGCCAUUCCAGCCCUCAAUACUUCACAGGUGACAGUUUUACCCAGCUAGCUUACAGCUUCACCUUUCCAAAUGAAACGUAUAGAAAACAUAAAAUUAGGGUACCUUAAAUUUUUUUGGAAAGCAAUACUUUCCUUACCUAUG